AUGGAAGAAAAUCCAGUUUCAGAGUUGCUGGCUUCACUCCAAGCCAAAGUAGACGAUCUCAAUAAACUGCAAAUCUCAAAAAACUCUGAACAAGCCUCAAUCCUCUCAAGAGAAAUCAUCAGUUUAAUCGAUAACGCUCCUCCUCUUAAUAAUCUUCCUAAAUCCGCCAGAGCAAAAUUACUUUACUAUAAAGGCCGCGCUUCAGCAAAUCCUGAAACCUACGACAAAAACGCCGAAGAAAAUUUAACCAGAAGUGUCAAACUAGACCCCACAAAUGGAGACGCCUGAAAUUGGAUGGGCGAAAUGCUAUAUCUAAAAGGGGAUUAUUUACAAAGCAAAAGAUGCUUUGAAGGCGCUUUAGAACAAACAGGGCCAAAUAAAGAAAUUUUAAGAAAAUUGUCAAUGAUAUCAAGGUUUGUCGGGGACAAUGAAGAAAGAAAAAAUAAUGUGUCAGGCAGCGUUGGAUUGGCAAAACAAGCAUUGGCGCUUGAUAUAAAAGAUGGAUACUCGUGGUAUGUCCUUGCCAAUGCACAUUUGACGAAUUUUUUUAUUAAUAGACCGUCGUCAGAAGAACUGAAUAGAGCUCUAAAAGCAUAUGGACAAGCAGAAAAUUUAAUGGAAACCCCAAAUCCUGAUCUUUAUUAUAAUAGAGGAGAAGCUUUUAGGUAUUUAGAACGGUAUCAAGAAGCUAUUGCAGAGUUUCAGAAAGCUCAUGAAUUAGACCCAAAUCUCAAUUCACAAGCCCAAAUAAGCCAAAUUAUGGAAAGAGUUAGUUUAGUUAGCCAGAAAAUCAGUUCAAGUUGUGGGAUUAAAAAGAAAACGCUAAUGGCGAUGAUAAGAACCAUACCAGUUAUAAUAAAAAGUAAACCAUUUGGGGAGAAUUACCAUGCAGCUCAUUUAGCAUUACUUAACAGUGGGAAAAAUCAAGCGAAAAUCUUAAUAUGUAAAGUGCUAGGAAACAUCACAAAUAAUCCUGAAGACACCCCUGCAGUUUUUAUAGCUUGUGACUCUCAAGGAGCUUUCGUUAGCUUAAGUGUUUAUAACACAAAUUCACAAAUCCAUCAGCUGAUUACUUUUGAAUCAGUUCUUUAUAUAGGAGAUCCUUUGCUUUCAAAAAUGCAAAUUAAUUAUGAGGGAAAUGUAAAAUUUAUAUAGAAUCUUGAGUAUUGAAACGUCAAGGUUGUAGACCCGAAUUCGCUAUUAAUUGAUAGCAAAAAAAUAGAAGGGGCAUGCAGUCCUGGAGUUAUUGUUAAUCAGGCUUUAUAA